CAGGUGAACUUCUGAGUAAGCAACUCUGUCUCACCUUCUCCUGAACGAAUGUGUAAAGAACUUUCGGACUUGGAGCUAGGGUACAAAUAAGUGAGCCUCCCUGUUCUUCCACGUUGGUUCUUCCACAUUCAGUCUUGUUUGUGCUCCUUACCUUCCUGACGUGGAAAUGUCACGAAAGAAGGAGAGCAUGGGAAGUCUUUUAGCUUUAUAGAGCAACAGUGUUUGCAGAGGGGAAGUGGGUUUGUGACAACCCCCUUCUCAAAGGCCGCAAUCAAACGGCCCAAGUCGGGACUUUCCCCUCCUCUCCUGAACUACAUCAAAUGUACGGAGUCUGUGUUCCUCACUAAUUUCAUUGUAUGAGAUGACAUAUCAAGCAACCUUUGUUUAGAAUUAACAAUGCUGGUCGUUUGCUAAGCAUAAUUCAAGGGAGGGUCUAAACUACCUUGACUGCGCUUUGGUGCAAGUUUUAGCCUUGAUGUGUAAAGUAUGUGGGGGCGAAAUACUCAUCUUAAAACACCACAUGUCCCAACCAGGUACAGUGGUGCACUACUAUAAUUCCAGCACCCGGGAUGUAGAGGCAGGAGGAUGGCCUCAAAUUCCAGGCUAGACCGUCUUAAACAAAACAAACCCAAGAACCUACUGAACAAAAACUAUGUCACUAAAUUUAACUGUAAAUAAUGCCACGCAUACCAGUUUAUCAUCAACAUUUUCAUUAUGAGAACUUACGGAGAACAGGAUGGAGGCAAGGUAGUCCGUGCCUGUGCUCACCUAGUCCAACUAAGAACCGGAGUAAACAGCCGCUGAGUGACACUGGGAGGGACCCAGCCAUGAGGAGCCUGGAGCCGGGAAGGCACGGAUCUUGGGUCAGUGAGCUAGAGACUGGGAUAAGAUCAGGAAAACCAAGGCGGUUCCCCGGGGCCGGCGAGGCACUGGAAACCUGCAGAGUUAAGGGUGGCUGCAAGCUUGUACCAGUUUGCCCGGUCUGGGGCUUUCUGGGCUUUUGGAGCGUGCACCCUGCGGGGCGCUCAGGAGGAGCAUCCUACGCAGCUCCCAUCCAAUCCACCGGCUUGCUGCCUGGAGGGCGGUACCACGGUGUAGCGCGCAGCACCCGCUCACCCCGUCCGCGGGCACGCUGCCUGGUACCCUUGCAAGGAACGCCCUGGAGCCUGCAUCCUUGGGUGCCCUGGCGUACCCAGUGUUGAGGUCCCGGUGUACCGCGUCACUGUGAGGAGCUGCCCCAUACAUUCAGCGCCUGGAACGACAUUGCCAGAAAUCUUCCUCCACUGAUCGAGAAUGGGCGGCUUCGGGAAGAAGUUGAGAAGCUGCCAACGCUCGACAUUGACGAGCUGAAAGGACACAGAUUGCAACGCCUGGCACAUUUGGCUCUGGGGUACAUCACCAUGGCGUAUGUGUGGAACCGAGGGGACGGUGACAUUCGAAAGGUGCUACCCAGAAAUAUCGCUGUUCCCUACUGCAAACUCUCCGAGAAGCUGGGCCUGCCUCCGAUCCUGUCUUAUGCAGACUGCGUCCUGGCAAACUGGAAGAAAAAGGAUCCCAAUGGGCCCAUGACAUAUGAGAACAUGGACAUUCUGUUCUCAUUUCCUGGUGGAGACUGCGGUAAAGGCUUCUUCCUUGUCUCUCUAUUGGUGGAAAUCGCAGCUUCUCCUGCAAUCCAAGCAGUCCCCACGGUGUGCAGUGCGGUGCAGCGUCAAGACCAUCAAGCACUGGGAAAGGCAUUGGGUGACAUAGCCACCAGUCUGGAGGCUGCCAAGGACUAUUUUAAGAGGAUGCGUGACUUUGUGGAUCCAGACCAGUUUUUCAAUGUUCUGCGCAUAUAUUUGUCUGGUUGGAAAGGCAACCCCAAGCUGGCAGAGGGUCUGCUGUAUGAGGGGGUCUGGGAUACCCCCAAAAAGUUUUCAGGGGGCAGUGCAGGCCAGAGCAGCAUCUUUCAGUGCCUCGACGUCCUUCUGGGAAUAGAGCACAGCAGUGGUGAAGGCUCUCCGGCAGAAUUCCUCCAGGAAAUGAGAGAGUACAUGCCUCCAGCCCACCGCAACUUCCUGUGCUCCUUAGAGUCAGGUCCCUCAGUCCGUGAAUUUGUCCUUUCAAGAGGCGAUGAAGACCUGCAGAAAGCAUAUAAUAAGUGUGUGAACGGCCUGGUCUCUCUGAGAAAAUUCCACCUUAACAUAGUAAGGACAUACAUUGUGGAUCCUGCAAGGAAGCAGCGCGGGGGUGCUUCCAAGUCGGAAGAAUCCUCAAACGAGGAAAACAGAGGGACUGGGGGUACGGACGUCAUGAAUUUCUUGCAGAGUGUAAGGGAUGCAACUGAGAGAGCCCUUCUGAGUAGUUCUUAGUGUAGCAAGACUGCAUUUGAUCAGUGCACAGAGGUCUGCAUACAUCCUGUCACAGCUCAUUAAACUAGACCCACUGAGUAAGAGUAUGGAAUGAUUUACCAAGAAGGCACUAUAUAGAUUUCAAAAUCAUCUGUGCAUCCCCUGUAGGAGAAUAACAAAAGUGAACUAACUAACAAUAUUUAAAAAUGAUAUAAGAAAUAUUGUAAGUUAUAUUGAUGAUUAGAAUAUGACAAUGAA